GCGCAGGGGAGCGAUCACACCCCGCUGUCGGCGUUUAGCGGAUGGGGCUCUCAGCCUGAGCCGGAGGGAAGAGGAGGAGGAGGAGGAGGAGGAGGAGGAGAGAGAUGAACGGUCACCCGUGCGCCCGCAGGCUGGCCCGCCGCUCCCGGUCCGCGCUGCUGCUCGCCGCCCUGGCCGUGCUGCUCGUGCAGACCCUCAUCGUGUGGAACUUCAGCAGCCUGGACUCGAGCGGCGGCGGGGACGGCGGCGCCCGGAGCCGGGAGAAGAGAGACGACCGAGCCGCGGGGCUCAACGGAGCCGACGGGGGGGAGCACCGGCCGCGGAGGGGGCUGCAGAGGAAGGGCGACCCGCCGCUGGGGAGGGGGAAGGCGGCCGCUCGACACAAGCUGCAGCCGGACGUCUACCAUUCCCUCGGCCCCAAAGAGAAACUUCGCUCCGACAGCAACAACAACGAGAACUCUGUCCCCAAAGACUUUGACUCCAUCGACAGCAACAGUAACCUCGGAGCACGAUCCCAACGCCAGCGAGCGCCGGUCGCAAACGGAAAACUCAAGCUGGACAAGGCCCAAGUUCAGAGCGUGCUGGAAAAAUCUGCCAACGAGCUCCUCAAGGUCCCUCCGGUCCAACCGGGACCCGGUCACAACCGCACCCACCUCAACAAUCCCACCGUCGCGGCACCGCUCCAGGGGUCCGAUCGGGAUCCCCCUCUCUACCGGGCGAAGGCGGCGGCGGGCGGCGUGGAGCCGAAGAAGAAGGAGCGGUCGCGGUGCGAGGUCAGCGGGAAGGAAGCCAUCUCCGCUCUGUCCAGAGCCAAGAGCCGCGAGUGUCGGCAGCAGAUCGUGGAGGUCUACUGCCGACACAAGGAGCGAGCGCUGAUGCCCGAGAAGGUUCCUCGCUACUGCCCCAUCGAAGGUAAGGCUAACGUGAACGUACAGUGGGAUGAAGAGCCCUCGGGCGCCGCCCAGCAGCUCUCGCCCGCGCGGAUCGCUUUCGUCCUGGUCGUCCACGGCCGAGCGUCGCGUCAGUUCCAGCGUCUCUUCAAAGCCAUCUACCACGUCUCGCACUUCUACUACGUCCACGUGGACCAGAGGUCCGACUACCUCCACAGAGAGGUGCUGGCUCUGGCUGCCCUGUACCCAAACGUCCGGGUCACCCCUUGGCGCAUGGCCACCAUCUGGGGCGGGGCCAGCCUGCUGACCAUGUACCUGCGCAGCAUGGAGGACCUCCUCAAGAUGGCCGACUGGUCCUGGGACUUCUUCAUCAACCUGAGUGCUGCCGACUACCCCAUCAGGACCAAUGAGCAGCUGGUGGCCUUCCUGUCCAAGUACCGCAACAUGAACUUCAUCAAGUCUCACGGCCGAGACAACGCACGUUUCAUCCGUAAACAGGGUCUGGACCGACUCUUCCUGGAGUGCGACACCCACAUGUGGCGUCUCGGCGACCGCAAGAUCCCGGAGGGCGUCGCGGUGGACGGCGGCUCCGACUGGUUCCUGCUCAAUCGGCCCUUCGUGGAUUACGUGGUCAACUCCGGGGACGAGCUGGUCGGCAGCAUGAGGCGCUUCUACGCCCACACGCUGCUGCCGGCGGAGUCGUUCUUCCACACCGUGCUGGAGAACAGCGUCCACUGUGAGUCCAUGGUGGACAACAACCUGCGACUCACCAACUGGAACCGCAAGCUGGGCUGCAAGUGUCAGUACAAGCACAUCGUGGACUGGUGCGGCUGCUCGCCCAACGACUUCAAGCCCUCGGACCUGCCGCGCCUCCAGCAGGCGUCCCGGCCCACCUUCUUCGCCAGGAAGUUCGAGGCCAGCGUGAGCCAGGAGAUCAUCAGCCAGUUGGACUCCUUCCUGUUCGGAGCGCCGGCCCCGGGCACGCCGGGCCUCCAGGCCUACUGGGAGAACGUGUACGACGGGGAGACGGACGGGCCGGCCGGCCUGUCGGACUCGGCGCUCAGCCACUACCACGCCUUCGCUCGCAUGGGACUGUCCCGCGCUGCCGGCUCACUGCAAGGCCAUCCCACCGACGACAGCUGCAGGUACAUGGCCAUGAGCCACCCAGUGUCGGUCCACCUCUACUUCCUGUCAGACCAGUUCCAGGGCUACCUCGUGCGUCACGUGGCCACGAACCGAGCCUCCACCCAGCCGGAGACCCUGGAGACCUGGGUCACCGCCAGAGACCACUUCACCCUGGCCAGCCCCCCACACCCCACCAACAGGCUGCAGCACGUCCAGGUGGGGUCGGACUGGGAUCCGAAGGAGCGUCUCUUCCGGAACUGGGGGGGUCUGCUGGGGCCCCAGGACGAGCCGGUGGCCGUGCAGCGCUGGAGCCGGAGCCAGAGCAACCUGACGGCCACCGUGGUGUGGAUCGACCCCACCAACGUCAUCGCCGCCACGUACGACAUCCUGGUGGACGCCGCCGCCGAGGUCACCCACUACCGGCCGCCGCUCACCGCGCCGCUGAGGCCCGGCGUGUGGACCCUGAGGCUGCUGCACCACUGGAGCCCGCUGGGUCAGACCAGCUUCGUCGUGGCGCCGCUGGAGUUCCACAGACAGCAGCCCGUACGGCGAGACGACGGCCUGCGGCUUCACGGCGGUCCGGCUCGGAACUCCUACAUGGAGCAGAGCUUCCACGGCCUCAACCCGGUGCUGCGGCUGCCGGUGAGCCUCGGCGCCGUGGAGGAGGCGGAGGCCAACGCCGGCCUGACGGGGGCGCCGCUGCGCCACUGGCUGGACCGGCUGCUGGAGGGCCACUGGUCCGCCUCGGACGUCUGCUCCACGGGCCCCAGCGCCUGUCCCGUCAUGCAGCGGUGCCGCCUGACCGUCUGGAGCUCGGCGAGCCCCGACCCCAAGUCUGAGGCGUCUGCCACGCCCGGAGAGGACGGACGCAUCAGGUAGCAGAGGGACGGACGGACCGAGGGGCGGAGCGAGGGACACGAGGAACCAAUGAAGGAAGGCGUCGGGCUGAGGCGUCGUAUUUAUUUAUUUAAAGUUUGAACGAUGGCGAGAAGGAGGUGAAGGAAAAGGACGGAGGGAAGAUCAGAGGCAGCGAGGAGGAGAAGAGGAAGAGGAUUCUCCUCAGUCCUCGUUCUGUCUGCUGCUGGUGUGUGUGUGUGUGUGUGUGUGUGCGUGUGUGUGUGUGUGUGAGACCAUCACCACCUGACACUUGAAGACGUCUGCUAUGCUGGAAGAGAUUUCGCCUCCUGUUUCCUUUUACUUUUCCUUUAACUUCACAUAUUUAUCCGCUCGUUGCUAUAGAAACUGAUGUGACCGAGUCAUGUGACCGAGUCAUGUGACCGAGUCAUGACGUCAUGUGACUGAGUCAAAGCUGCAAUGUGAGUAAUUUAUUCAGAGGUUUAUAUUAAAAAAGUGAUUCGUUUUUUUAAAGUGACUAAUGAUUGAUAUGUUGAUGUUUUGUUCCUCAGGACGAACGUCGGACAGUUUUGUCUGAAUCUACUCACUGACCUCUGACCUUUGACCUAACUGAUCAUUUCAAUCACUUUACUGCCACGAGUUCAUUACGACCAGUGUAAGUGUUACUGUGUUACAGUGUUACAGUUUUACUACAGUGCAGCUACAUCCGCUAAACUAAGUUUAAAUUCUGAUUGGAUUUUGUUUCGGGGACGUCGACAUUUUUUUUUGUAACCAAAUACUGUAGUUUCUUUUGUGAUUCCAAAAAGCUUUGUAAUCACAAAUAAAUCGGCGACGUCUGAAGCAGAAGUGUUUAUUAUAGGAGAUCAAUAUGUUGAUGUGAUUCCUGGUCCGUGACGCGGAUCAACAAGUGGUCUGUGCAUGGCGUCUCUGUGGGCGUAUUUCAUUACCUCAGAAUUAAAGGGUUGGUUUAGCAUAAAGUUCUCAAACCUUCCCCCCAAAAACUAAACUUUAGUUUUAACACCGGAGCUGCUGAGAGGACGAGUCCAGACUCAACUAAAAUAUUAGCUUAGCAUAAGCAAACACGUAUGUUGUUAUUCAUAUUUCCAAAAAUGUAAUAGUGUCAAAAUAUAAUUCUAGAUGUGUUAAAAAGGCCUUUUUUAUAAAGUGGUGCAAUUCGUCCUCGAUCCUGUUGUUCGUCACGAUAAAAAGCUCAUAUUUAAUAUUUUGGGGGAAUAAAUGAUUCCAGAAAGUGUCGUUACAUUAUAAAUUAAUAAUAAUACUGGGACCAAAAACCUGGAGACGAAGCUGCUCUGUGACAGUCGGCACUUAAAGGACACGAGUCACAUUUCUUAUUAUAUUUUAUAUAAUUUAUUAUUUGACAUGACGGACGUGUGGGGCAGAUGUUACCAGAUGUUUGUGUUGUUACCAGGCAGAGUACGUUACUGUCACUGCAUCAAAAGAACACAUUUAGUUUAAAUAAAUUUAAUAAAUGUUUUCUAACAUUUAGUCCAGUGAUGAGAUUUAAUUUUUACAGUAUUUUUACAUCGUCAUUUUAACAGUGUCAAAAAAUGUCCUACAAUUUUUAAAAAGAGACAAAUUCAGCUUUUAUUUAUUUCUGUUUUCUCAAGGAAAAUAGUUUUAACUUUUAAAUUAAGAGCCAGUAAAUAUGUCCAACAUGUAUUUUUUCAUAUGACGAGUGAAUCUGUAAAUCAGUAUUUUGUAAAAUUCCUAACGGACGAUUGUACAGUUGUAAGUAAAUGACUCGACGUCACGUGAUGGUUUGUACGAGGAUGUGAAAAUGUUCCGAUAACGUUGUCAGAUUCUGGAGGAAAUCCAGACGAGAUGUUUUGGUCUUGUCAUAUUUUUAUUUUUGCCCUUUGUUUAUUUUUUGUGAGUUUCAGGUUUUUGUUUCCUCGGUGCCAACUCUUUCUUCCCCUUGCUCCUCUUCAUCGUUUCUCUCUCUGGGGCUCUCGUCUUGUGCCUUAGCUGUUUCUCCUGUUAUAGAAAAUCCUCAACGUCAAAACUGUCUCAAAUGUUUAGAAAAAAAAGGAAAAAAGACAAAGGACCUGUUGUGAUGCCUUAUGAAUGACCUUCGUGGUUUUUGAAGUACAAUUUUGGAAAAUAAAACAGAAUCUCCCUUUA